AUGCCUCCAUCAGCAUCGUUUGAUCCAUCUUAUCGGUAUGAUCGUCAAGUUCGUUUGUGGGGAGAAGAAGGACAAGCAUCAAUUGGAACAACAAGUGCUUGUGUUCUUGGAAGUGAUUCAUUAGCAACUGAAACUUUGAAAUCAUUGGUUCUCGCUGGUGUUCAUUCAUUCUUCAUCGUCGACGAUGCUCGAGUAGAACAUGCGGAUCUUGGUCAAAACUUCUUCCUCCAAAGCGAUGAUAUUGGACGUUCUCGAGCUGAAGCAACUCUAGAAAAACUGACUGAACUGAAUCCUUCUGUUUCGGGACGGGCUAGUUGUCAGUCGCCUACAGCUUUGGCACAGAAAGAUGUAGAAAAGUUGGCAACUUUUUCUGUUGUCGUUUCUGCGAAUCAGAGCGAAAGCAUUGAUACCAAAUUCGCAGAAGUAUUGUAUAAUAUUCGUGUUCCUUUUGUAUGCAUCAAAUCCUACGGGCUUAUUGGAACUAUCAGAAUCUGCAUAAAAGAACAUACAAUCGCCAACUCGCACGAAGAAAAUCCGAGACCCGAUUUACGGUUGGACGCUCCAUUCAAGACGCUUUCCGAAAUUAUCAAUGAAACUGACCUGAAUGAGAUGACAGUCGAACAACUACGUCAUACCCCAUAUAUACUCCUUCAUUUCAAAGCUUUGGACGUCUUCCGCAAACAUCGCAAUAAUGAAAAUGCGUUCCCGGAAACAACCAAUGAUCGUAAAGAAAUUCAACAAAUUCUGCAAAGUUUCCGACGAUCUACCGAACACUCAGGAACCAAAGAUUCAGAAAACUUUGAUGAAGCAAAGGCUGCAGUCAUGAGAGCAUUUCAGAAAACAACGAUUGGUGCUUCGGUCCAAUCAAUUCUGUCUGCAGCAGAAAGCUCUGAUUCUACUCAACCGUUCUGGCUUAUCUGUGAAGCCCUUCGCCGAUUUGUUAAAUUCAAUAAUGGUCUUCUUCCACUUCGUGGAACUCUUCCGGAUAUGACAUCUGAUUCAAAUCGAUAUACUCGUCUUGCUUCUGUCUUUCAUGAAAAAGCUUUACUGGACGCACAAGAAGUUCUACGUUUGACGCGGGAAGUUGAGAAAGAACGCGGAGUCGGAGAUGUCAUAUCUGAUGACGUGUGCUACCGUUUCUGCAAAAAUGCUGAUAGAAUUAGAGUGCAACAUGGUGCUUUGUUAGAUUAUACUCAUGAAACCAAAGAAUGUGUCCGAAAAGUUAAAGAAAUGAGUAUUGAAGAACAAUCAAGAGAAGAGAAGGUCGAUAGCGCCACGUGGUUGCUUCUGAUGCGAGCAGUCGGUCGGUUCAGAAAGGAAAAAGGGAGAUUUCCUGGAACGAAUGGAGUUCCAGUAUCAAUUGACGCCCAAGACCUGAAGAAGAGAGUGGAGGUUCUGAUUCGAGAAUCUGUGCAGGAAGAAGAAGAAAUCAAGGCAAUUUUGCACAAUGUGACCGAUUCUGCCAUCGCAGAAAUGUGUCGCUUCGGAGCCGCAGAGCUGCAUGUUAUUUCUUCGUAUGUCGGGGGAAUCGCAUCUCAGGAAAUCAUAAAAUUGGCAACCAAUCAAUACGUCCCAAUUGAUAAUACUUUUGUUUUCGAUGGACACUCUCAAGAAUCAUCUACUUUCAAACUAUAA